UAUCUCUUCCACCACAACAAUUAACAACAACAUUACCCAUAAUUCAAAAGAAUAUUGUGAAUAUAAUAUUGUUGGUUUUACAACAUGGCGACAAUACCGGUCGUCGUCAAGCAUCAAGGCACCAAGUACAAUGUGGAGGUCGAUACCGAAUCCACCGGUGAGAUCUUCAAGUUUCAACUUUACAGUCUCACCGGCGUAGAGCCCGCGCGUCAGAAGAUCUUGAUCAAGGGUGGCCAACUGAAGGAUGAUACUCCUAUGAGCAAGUUCGCCUUGAAAUCUGGCCAACAGUUGAUGAUGCUGGGUACACCUGAGAAGAAUGGAAAGGAAGUACUUUCCCGGCCAAAGGAGAAGAUCAAGUUUCUUGAGGACAUGACCGAGGCUGAGGCUGCUCAGCAGGAGGGAGCUAUACCUGCUGGCCUGACCAACCUUGGCAAUACCUGCUAUCUCAACUCCACACUACAAGCUCUGCGUGCUAUCCCGGAGCUAAACAAUGCUCUGGUCAAGUACGAACCCCCAAGAGCUGGUGCUACUGGUGUCAUGCCCCAGUUAGACCUGACCAGACAGCUCCGUGAUCUUUACAAGUACAUGUCCGAGACUCAGGAAGCUUAUAACCCGCUCGCAUUUCUUGCCGCUCUCCGCAGGGCCUUUCCCCAAUUCGCCGAGCGCUCCCGAACUGGUGAAGGCUAUGCUCAACAAGAUGCCGAGGAGGCCUGGUCUCAGAUUGUUAGCCAGUUGCGACAAAAUCUGCGAGUGAAGGAUGCCCCGGAUUCUGGUGAUGCUUCAUUUAUUGAUAAGUACAUGGCAGGCGAAUUCACCUCUGAACUUGUGUGUGAUGAGCCCGCAGCCCGCGAGGGAGAGAAGGCCGUGGUUUCGAAAGACAAAUUCCUCAAACUGAACUGCCACAUCGACUCAAACACGAAUCAUCUGCGGGACGGCAUUGCAAAUGGCUUGAGUGAGAAGCUGGAGAAGCGAUCCGAAGUUCUCGGUAUUGACACUAUGUAUACCAAGACCUCCAAGAUCUCUCGCUUACCUAAGUAUCUCACCGUACAUUUCGUUCGCUUCUUCUGGAAACGAGAAACCCAGAAGAAGGCCAAGAUCAUGCGAAAAGUAACCUUCCCCCACGAGUUGGACCUCGUCGAGUUCUGCGACGACAAGCUAAAGGGAGCGCUCGUUCCUGUCCGGGACAAGGUUCGGGAAGUCCGAAAGGACGAAGAGGAUAUCGAGCGCGCACGAAAACGCCGUAAGCGCAACGCGGCUGGCGAAGAGCCCGAAGAAGAUGCUCCUGGCGGGAAAGGCAAGAAGAAGGACGAGAAGAAGGCAAAUGGCGACGUAGAGAUGACAGAAACUUAUAAGACAGAUGCCGAGAUCGACGCCGAACGCGAUGCUGCGCUGCUCGCAUCUAAGAAGGAACUGCAUGCACUUAUCAACCCGGACUUGGCCAACGACGACGGCGCGAACCAAUCGGGCCUGUACGAGCUCAGAGGUGUCGUUACGCACCAGGGUGCUAGCGCAGACAGUGGCCACUACACGGCCUAUGUCAAGAAGACGGCCCCGGUUGAUGUAAAGACUGGUAAGCGAAAGGAAGAGGACGGCAAGUGGUGGUGGUUUAACGACGACAAGGUCUCGGAGGUGACAUCCGACAAGAUUGAGGCGUUGGCAGGAGGUGGCGAGUCGCACUCGGCUUUGAUAUUACUUUACCGCGCCAUCCCCCUGCCUUCUGCUGAGGGUACGAUGGACUAAUGGCGAGGAUACGGGAUUACAGUAUCGCAUACGGGCGUUUGAGUGCAUGGCGAGUAGGUUUACAGGGCUGACAUUAGAGUCACGUUUAUUCGAUAGGGAACAACAACGGUUGGGAAAAUGAAGUUAUGCUAAUGUAGCCCAAUUCAUAAUGU